AUGAAACAAGAGAUUGAAGGUAAAGAAUAUUCAAAGACAAAACGUUCCAUUGUUACUUUAUCAUUAAUCACUUUGAAUAUUCUUUUGAUAAUAUUCUUAACCAUAACAAUAUGGUAUCAAAGACACGAAUUGGUAAAGUUAAAUGAAAAUAUUAAAAUAAUUAACAACAACCCAUCAUCAUUAAAUUUAAAUGAGGUGUUAGGUGUAGAUGAUGAUAAUGAUAAUAAUAGGAAAAAAAAAAGAAAACGACGACAGGUCAUGAUAAAUGAAGAUAAUGAAGUUGAAUAUCCAAGUGAAGGAAAUAAUAAUAAUAAACAACAAUCAUCUUCAAAAACUUUUUUUGCCCCUCUUUAUGCUGCUGUAACGGAGGAUAUUAUUGAUGAAAUAUGUAGUAGUAGAAAUAGAUUGAUACCAAAAAGUAAUGACCAAAAAAAGACUGAUAAUGUUAUUGUAAUGACUUUGGAUAAAGGUAAACAAGGACCACAAUACUCUCAAGACCAGUCUUUGAAUAUUAUAACAAAUGAGGAAAAAAAUAAAUAUAAAAGUUUGACAACAAAAAAAGAAUUAGAGGCAUUUAAAAAAAGUAAAACAUGUUCACGGAUCAUUGGAUUGGGCUUAAAAACAAUGCAUAGUGAAAGAAGAAUAACACAAAGUGGAAUUGUUAAAAAAGGUAAUUCAUGGUUUAUAACUGAAUUGUCAAUUGGAUAUACAGUAUUUGAAAUAACUCAUAAUAAUGGUAUAAUUGAUUUUAAUGAUCCAAAAGAAAUAUAUACACUUCCAUCACCUUUUGUUGGAUCUAAUCAUGCUUUUGAUGAGGUUAAAAAAAAUUAUUAUUAUAUUACUGAUGAUGGAAGUUAUAUAAUGAAAUUUAAUUUAAUUACAUUAAAAGGAAAUAAGAGUAAAAAAUAUCCUGUUAUUAUUAAUAAUAUUAAUAAUAAUUGGGAUAUUAAUAUUUAUUCACAAAUUAAUGGAACAUCAGCAUUACAUCUUGAUAGUGGAUAUUUAUGGAUGGUAUAUAAUAAAGAUAAAAAUAAUCAUUUAACAAUAAGUAGAAUAAAUAAAGAUACCUUAGAAGAAAUAAGAAGAAUAAGAUUAAAUAAAUUUGAUAGAAAAAUUGCUGGUAGUUUUAUUUCAUGUGGUAUAUUUUAUGUAAUUGAAUGUGAAGGAAUUCAAUGUAGAAUAUUAUCUGUUUAUGAUUUAAUUCAUGGAAAAUAUGUUUUAAGAAAAGAUAAAUUUAAUGUACUUGGACAUUGGAAUUCUUUUGGACUUAUAAAAUCAAUUUCAUUUGACAAUGAAAAAAAAACUUUAGCCAUUUUGGAUAAGGAUAAAAUAUAUACAAUUCACCUAAAAAUUAUUUAG